AUGCUUGUCGAUGGUAGACUUGUAGCAGUGAAAAAAUCCAAAGUCGUUGACGAAGACAAGUUAGAAGAGUUCAUCAAUGAAGUAGUCAUUCUCUCGCAGAUCAACCACAGAAACAUCGUCAAACUCUUAGGGUGUUGCCUUGAGACACAAGUUCCAGUUCUCGUCUACGAGUAUAUCUCCAACGGCAACCUUUUCGAAUAUCUUUAUGAGGAGUUCGAUGAUUACACGAUCACUACUUGGGAAGUGCGUCUCCGCAUUGCUAUAAAUGUUGCAGGAGCUCUUUCAUACUUGCACUCGGCCGCAUCAUCUCCGAUAUAUCAUAGAGACGUCAAGUCCACAAACAUAAUGCUGGAUGAGAAAUAUGGAGCCAAAGUAUCUGAUUUCGGUACUUCAAGAACAGUCACGGUGGAUCAUACCCAUCUCACAACAGUGGUUUCUGGUACCGUUGGAUAUAUGGAUCCAGAGUACUUCCAGUCUAGCCAAUUCACAGACAAGAGUGAUGUUUACAGCUUUGGAGUGGUGCUCGUGGAGCUUAUUACCGGAGAAAAACCAGUUUCUUUCUUGCGGUCUCAAGAAAACAGGACACUGGCGACUUAUUUCACUCAUGUAAUGAAAGAGAACAAACUCUUUGACGUUAUUGAUGCACGGAUCAGAGAUGGCUGCAAGAUGAAUCAAGUCACUCCAGCAGGGAAAAUUGCAAGGAAGUGUUUGAAUAUGAAAGGGAGAAAACGACCAAGCAUGAGAGAAGUGUCCAUGGAGUUGGAAAAGAUUCGCACGUCUUCUGAAGAUAUUCAGCCACAUGAUGAGUAUAUUAGCGACAACGAUGAAGACAAUGAACAACGAGUCAUGGACGUUGACAUUGGAGUAGAAACAUUGAAAAAAGAGUUUGUUACCGCUCCAGCUUCUCAAUACAACGUCGCUUCAUCGUCUUUGUCAUCGUCCGAUAUUGAACCUUUGUUUCCUCUUCAAACACGGUAG